UUUUUUUAUUUUAGCUGUAGAGAGAGCAGCAGUCAAACGUGUGGUGUCACUGUCGGAAAACACAAGGAUACAAACAAGACUACCGCUCGUAACAAGUGAGCCGAAUCCGGGAGAAAAGGCGGUGAAGGGACGCCGGUACACGCUGCUCGGUCGCUCGGCUGCUCGCUGACAUGGAUGUCCGACAUGGGCUGUAGACUUCUGCGGCGGGACUGAAGGCGGAUGCUGCCUGUCAGACCGAUGAUGGGCUGAUGGAGCCCCCGACAUGACGGCCCGCCUCUGCCCUGCUACCACAGGCUGCCGUGUUACUACACAGAGGCACCUCCAGGACAGACGCACACCACCUGCAACCUUUUAUUUUGAAUGGGCCCAGCGUCCCGGCGCCUGAGGAGAUGUCUCUGGGUCGGCUCCUGCGGCGUGCCUCCUCCAAGGCCUCCGACCUCCUGACCUUUAACCCCGGGGCGGGGGGCACGUCGCUGCGCUCGGGCCUGGACGGCGAGAUCAUCUUCUCCAAGAAUAAUGUUUGUGUGCACCCGGCAGAGCCCCUGCCCGGCCUGGCAGAGCACCACCCAGGCUACCUGUGCGUGCACACGGAGAAGGAUGAGAGCCUGGGCACCACUUUGAUUCUGACCUGGGUGCCCAACUCGCGCAUCCAGAGGCAAGAUGAGGAGGCGUUGCGCUACAUCACGCCGGAGAGCUCCCCUGUACGCAGGAACGCACGUCGCCGAGGCCGACGGCCCCACUCCCGUCACCCAGCAGCCCAGGAGGAAGACGAGGAUGAAGAGAGGAACAUCACCAGCAGCACCUCCGCAGACAGCCACGGCCUGGUGGUCGAGGCAGGAGCUGAUCCCUCCCCGCACCCGCAGCAGGUGGAGGAGGGCGACGAGGGCUCCUGUGAGCUGUCAGACGAAGUGAGUCGGGACAGCACCAUGGGCUCGGACUCGGACACCUUCUCCUCCCCCUUCUGCUUGUCCCCCGUCAGCGAGGCCCUCUGUGAAAGCAGCGGCUCAGUCUUCCUGGACAGUGAAAGCAGGGAGCUGUGUGAGGAGUCCAUGACCCACUCUGCGAGCUCUGCCUCCAGCCUGGACAGCCACGCCCCCUCUGAGAGCAGCAGCCAGUCACAUGGCGCGCGGUGGGAGGAGCAGCAGAAGGUGCUGGCUCUGGAGCAGUUGUGCGGCGUCUUCAGGGUGGACCUGGGUCACAUGAGGUCGCUGAGGCUCUUCUUCAGCGAUGAGGCGUGCACCAGUGGCCAGCUGGUGAUCGCCAGCAGAGAGAGCCAAUACAAGAUCCUCCACUUCCACCAUGCUGGACUGGACAAGCUGGGUGAGGUUUUCCAACAGUGGAAGUGCUGCAGGGAGACUCAGCUUAAAGACCAGGUGUCAGUUGAGAAAUCCUGCAUGCAGUUUUCCAUCCAGAGGCCCACCCUGCCGUCUGCUGAGACCCACCCGGAGGAGAAGCUUUAUCGGCGGCUGGAUGUCACCACCUGGCUGCGUCACCUCAAUCACAGCGGGCAGGUGGAGGAGGAGUACAAACUACGUAAGGCCAUCUUCUUCGGUGGCAUUGACCCAUCCAUCCGUGGCGAGGUGUGGCCGUUCCUGCUGCACUACUACGGCUAUGACUCCUCCUCUCAGGAGAGGGAGGCCUGGAGGCUGCAGAAACGUACCCACUACCACGACAUCCAGCAGAGGAGGCUGUCCAUGAGCCCGGAGGAGCACAGCGAGUUCUGGAGGAAGGUCCAGUUCACGGUGGACAAAGACGUGGUGAGGACAGACCGCAGCAACCACUUCUUCAGAGGAGAGAACAACCCCAAUGUGGAGAUCAUGAGGCGCAUUCUGCUCAACUAUGCAGUUUUUAAUCCAGACAUGGGCUACUGCCAGGGCAUGUCUGACCUGGUGGCCCCGCUGCUCACCGAGAUCCAGGAUGAAAGCGACACCUUCUGGUGCUUUGUCGGCCUCAUGGAGAACACCAUCUUCAUCAGCUCGCCACGCGAUGAAGACAUGGAGAGGCAGCUGAUGUACCUGCGGGAGCUGCUGCGUCUCAUGCUGCCCCGCUUCCACCAGCACCUGACCAGACUGGGGGAGGACGGCCUCCAGCUGCUCUUCUGCCACCGCUGGAUCCUGCUCUGCUUCAAGCGAGAGUUCCCCGACACCGAGGCUCUGCGCAUGUGGGAGGCCUGCUGGGCGCACUAUCAGACGGACUACUUCCACCUGUUCCUGUGCGUGGCCAUCAUUGUUCUGUACGGGGAGGAUGUGACGGAGCAGCAGCUCGCCACCGACCAAAUGUUGCUCCACUUCAGCAACCUCUCCAUGCACAUGAAUGGAGAGCUGGUGCUACGCAAGGCUCGCAGCCUCCUCUACCAGUUCCGCCUCCUACCCAGAAUCCCGUGCAGCCUACACGACCUCUGUAAACUGUGCGGCCCCGGGAUGUGGGACAGCCGCUACAUCCCCACUGUGGAGUGUUCCGGUGAACACCCGGAUUCGCAGAGCUGCCCCUAUGGAGGCACGUCCACUCCGCAGCCCUCCUCACCCUCCCCGUCGUCCACGCCCUCACCCUCACCAAACACCACCACCACGCCUCCACCUCUGGGCAAAAAAGGCUCCAAAACGCGGGAUAUUUUCACCUUCCGGAAACAGUCCUGAGGCGGAGGCGCUGGGGAGCUUUGCUGGUCUUGGCUCGUGUUAGCACAGCAAAUAUUUGGAUCCAUCUGCUGGAUUCCUGAAUUGUUUGCUGCCCCCCCCCCACAGCUUCUAGUUUCACUUUUACUGAGGACGUUUGUCACUCGAUCCUUUCAUGUGGUGCGAUGUGGAGCACUGCCUUACCAGAAUGUUAUUUACAACGUUUGGCAUCACGUGACUCUGCGAUGAGGACGGUUUUGAUCCUGCACGAGCCAGAACACAAGGGGCUGCUUUCCUCUUAGAGCAGAACGGACAAUCACCAGGCGCCGCGUCGGUCUGGAGCUACUUCAGGUUCAAGUCUGCUGCUGGCUUGGCAUACUUCCACAAGCUUUGUGGGCAGGGGUCACAUCAGGGUCUGAGGCAACCAGCCUGAGUUCUUGCAGACUCUGACCUGCGGGUCAAACGAAACUGGAGAUUCAUUCACAGGACUUGAACUUGAACUUGGAAAAAAAAAACUGUUCCUGUGUUCUCACAAUGGAAUAUUUGUGUGAAUAUCAAAUUACAUGUGCAUAUCUGAAGUCUGAGCAGGACAUUUUUAACAUUAAAACCCAAACCCUCUGUGUUAACAAAGACAAAUAGGAUUAUAACAAAUUACUGGUACUUUAAAGUUUUCAUUCCAUUUCAUUUCAAACAAGUGAAUGUUUGCGUUUAUAUCAGCAAAGUUACAAAUAUUUAGCAAUAUUAUAUCCUUGCAUGAGCGAUUCUUGACAUAAGAGAGGGCACGACGUGUUUGUUGGAAAAACACUGGAGCCCAAAACAGAGCUGAGAAUGUGUUUAUAUGACAAACAGAUCAUGACAGGGCUCCGCAUAUUUCCUCAUCAGAUAGUGGCCAGGAACAUUCUCAUAAUUUCUGUCCCCUUAAAAUUGUGUUUCCCAGCAGGCAGGAGGAGGCUAGGCGCGUGUUUCCUCCUGAUAAAGUUGGACGCAGAUGUUCAUUUUUUUCUUUUUACCUGUCGAGCUCAAUCAUCUACACGUUGCCAUUGUGAGACAUGAGCUUCCCGUCUGAGGUGUUGGAUAGUUAUGACAGCGCUGUCUUCCAAAGAAAGCAUCGAUCGUGUGAUUAAUCCCGAAAGAGAAACUGAUGGAUUUACUUGAAGUAUUUUUGUCUUCUGUGUCGAAUCGUGUUUGGACAGGUUUGUGAGAAAUCGCCAGCACGGUGUUUCUUGGUUUUGUUUGUUCCCUCUCCACUUUCACCUUACAAUGAAUGACACUAUCAACACUAAGAAUCAGUCCACAUGAAUGUAUCAGGUUUUUUGUGUGUGUGUGUGUGUGGUUUUGUGUAUAAACUUGAGUGACCUCUGAACAUCUGGUAAUGAGCUGGAGAGCAGCCGUAGAAGCCACCACCCCCCCAACCACCUCCCGCCCUCCCCCUGACCAGUCUCUUUAAUUAUAGCAGUCAUCAUGAGGGAGAACCUGGGAGAGAAAAGAAAAAAAGAAUGAAAAAAGCUGUUCUGGGACUCUCUGAAAAAAAAAAAAAAAAAAAAAAAAAAAGGAGACGCGAGAUGAGAUGAAGAGGGACGAUUUAGGCUUCAUGUAGUGAUCUUGCUUCUGUGAUUUGCAAGUCCCAGAUGUAAAAGAGGGUCUCCACUCGGAGGGUUUCUUCCCUGAGAGCUUUGUGAGUGACACUCCCGGGGGGGGGUGAAAACAUCUUCAAAUCGCUGUUAAAAUGUAACAUUAAGACCUUCAAUCAGCCUUUCCUUCUCUCUCUCUCUCUUUCUCUCUCUGUCUCUCUCUCUCACUCAGCAAGCAGUCUCUGCAAAUGACAUUCAUAACCGCUCCUUCUCUCUGUUAGUUAUCAUGUGCAGCUGCUCGCUGGAAAUGCCCGCAGAGUUUUUAAGAUUGGGGGCGGCUGCGGGGGAAAUGAGCAAAGUCUGGAGACGCACGUCGGGAAAGUAAUAGAAGUGUGUGUUGCGUGUGUGUGUGUGUGCCUGGAUAAACUCAUGAAUUUUAUUAAAAUCCUCAUUGUUGAAUCACAUUGUCUGCACAGGCACUGUAAGUCACAAGCCUAAUUAACGACUGCUCCUAUUUAAAGGGGUUUCGAUCGGUCGUCACUGAAUGUACAAUGUUGCUGUUGAGCUCCAUGAUAUGCUGAUGUUUUAAUGUACACAUCUCAGAUGAUAUGUAAAAAAAAGAGCCUAUUCUUGGUAUUAAUAAAAGAAAAAAACACAGUCAUACUUUGAAGAAACAUCUCAAGAAAAUGGUUUACUGAACACCAACAUGUACCAAGCGUACACUUUAUAAAAAUGCCUUUCUGACAACAAAUGACUUGUGAUUGUGAUCUGAUACCAAGUAAAAAAAAAAAAAAAAACAGUGCUGGGAUUUACAAAACCACCUUUUCAUCAUUAAACACUGCUCAAGUUAUAGAAGAAA